AUGGCAGAGCUGCCAGCGUCAGAGAUGCCAGGGGACCCCGCGCUGUGCAGUGGGCGCUUCACCAUCAGCACGCUGCUGGGGGGCGAGGAGCCCCCCCCACCAGCUGCCUAUGACAGCAGCCACCUGAGCCACGGCAGCACCUUCUACAUGCGUACCUUUGGCUACAACACUAUCGAUGUGGUGCCGGCCUACGAACACUAUGCCAACAGCGCCCUGCCCGGAGAGCCCCGGAAGGUCCGGCCCACACUGGCUGAUCUGCACUCCUUCCUCAAGGAAGGCAGCCACCUGCAUGCCCUGGCCUUUGACAGCCGGCCCAGCCAUGAGAUGACUGAUGGGCUGGUGGAAGAUGAGGCAGGCACCAACAGUGAGAAGAACCCGGGGGAGCCUGUGCGCUUUGGCUGGGUCAAGGGGGUGAUGAUCCGUUGUAUGCUCAAUAUCUGGGGUGUGAUUCUCUACCUACGGCUCCCCUGGAUUACAGCCCAGGCAGGCAUUGUCCUGACCUGGAUCAUCAUCCUGCUGUCGGUCACAGUGACCUCCAUCACUGGCCUCUCCAUCUCGGCCAUCUCCACCAACGGCAAGGUCAAGUCAGGUGGCACCUACUUCCUCAUCUCCCGGAGUCUUGGCCCAGAGCUGGGGGGCUCCAUCGGCCUCAUUUUUGCUUUUGCCAACGCCGUGGGUGUGGCCAUGCACACUGUGGGCUUCGCAGAGACCGUGCGGGACCUGCUCCAGGAGUACGGCACACCCAUCGUGGACCCCGUCAAUGACAUCCGCAUCAUCGGCGUGGUCACCGUCACUGUGCUGCUGGCCAUCUCCCUGGCUGGCAUGGAGUGGGAGUCCAAGGCCCAGGUUCUCUUCUUCCUCGUCAUCAUGGUCUCCUUUGCCAACUACUUGGUGGGGACGCUGAUCCCCCCAUCUGAGGACAAGGCCUCCAAAGGCUUCUUCAGCUACCAGGCGGACAUUUUUGUCCAGAACUUGGUGCCCGACUGGCGGGGUGUGGAUGGCACCUUCUUCGGGAUGUUCUCCAUCUUCUUCCCCUCUGCCACAGGCAUCUUGGCAGGGGCCAACAUCUCCGGGGACCUCAAGGACCCUGCUGUAGCCAUUCCCAAGGGAACACUCAUGGCCAUUUUCUGGACCACUGUCUCCUACCUGGCCGUCUCGGCCACCAUCGGUUCCUGUGUGGUUCGCGAUGCCUCCGGUGUCCUGAAUGACACGGUGACCCCCGGCUCGGGCGCCUGCGAGGGGCUGGCCUGCGGCUAUGGCUGGAACUUCACCGGGUGCGCCCACCAGCACAGCUGCCACUAUGGCCUCAUCAACUACUACCAGACCAUGAGCAUGGUGUCUGGCUUUGCACCCCUGAUCACGGCUGGCAUCUUUGGGGCCACCCUCUCCUCUGCCCUGGCCUGCCUUGUCUCUGCUGCCAAAGUCUUCCAGUGCCUGUGUGAGGACCAGCUGUACCCACUGAUUGGCUUCUUCGGGAAGGGCUAUGGCAAGAACAAGGAGCCAGUGCGUGGCUAUCUGCUGGCCUACGCCAUCGCCGUGGCCUUCAUCAUUAUCGCUGAACUCAACACCAUUGCCCCCAUCAUCUCCAACUUCUUCCUGUGCUCCUACGCCCUCAUCAACUUCAGCUGUUUCCACGCCUCCAUCACCAACUCACCCGGGUGGAGACCCUCGUUCCGAUACUACAGCAAGUGGGCGGCGCUCUUUGGGGCAGUCAUCUCCGUGGUCAUCAUGUUCCUUCUCACCUGGUGGGCGGCCCUCAUUGCCAUCGGCGUCGUCCUCUUCCUCCUGCUCUACGUGAGCUACAAGAAGCCAGAGGUGAACUGGGGCUCCUCGGUACAGGCCGGCUCCUACAACCUGGCCCUGAGCUACUCGGUGGGCCUCAACGAGGUGGAGGACCACAUCAAGAACUACCGUCCCCAGUGCCUAGUGCUCACGGGGCCCCCCAACUUCCGCCCGGCCCUGGUCGACUUUGUGGGCACCUUCACCCGGAACCUCAGCCUGAUGGUCUGUGGCCACGUGCUCAUUGGACCCCGCAAACAGAGGAUGCCCGAGCUCCGGCUCAUCGCCAAUGGGCACACCAAGUGGCUGAACAAGAGGAAGAUCAAGGCCUUCUACUCAGAUGUCAUUGCCGAGGACCUCCGCAGUGGUGUUCAGAUUCUCAUGCAGGCCGCGGGUCUUGGGAGAAUGAAGCCCAACAUUCUGGUGGUUGGGUUCAAGAAGAACUGGCAGUCGGCCCACCCGGCCACGGUGGAAGACUACAUUGGCAUCCUGCACGAUGCUUUUGACUUCAACUAUGGUGUGUGUGUCUUGAGGAUGCGUGAGGGGCUCAAUGUCUCAGAGGUGAUGCAGGCACACAUUAACCCGGUGUUUGACCCAGUGUUUGACCCAGCGGAGGACAGCAAAGAAGCCAGCACCCGCGGGGCCAGGCCGUCUGUCUCAGGCGCACUGGACCCCGAGGCCCUGGUGUGGGAGGAGCAAGCCAGCACCAUCUUCCAGUCCGAGCAGGGCAGGAAGAGCAUUGACAUCUACUGGCUAUUUGAUGACGGAGGACUCACCCUCCUCAUCCCCUAUCUUCUGGCCCGCAAGAAGAGAUGGAGCGGAUGCAGGAUCCGUGUGUUCGUGGGGGGUCAGAUCAACAGGAUGGACCAGGAGAGAAAGGCGAUCAUUUCCCUGUUGAGCAAGUUCCGACUGGGAUUCCACGAGGUUCACGUCCUUCCCGACAUCAACCAGAAGCCGCGGGCUGAGCACACCAAGCGAUUUGAGGACAUGAUUGCACCCUUCCGCCUGAAUGACGGCUUCAAGGACGAGGCCACUGUCAUGGAGAUGAGGCGGGACUGCCCCUGGAAGAUCUCAGAUGAGGAGAUUAACAAGAACAGAGUCAAGUCCCUCCGGCAGGUGAGGCUGAACGAGAUUCUGCAGGAUUCCUCCGGGGACGCUGCUCUGGUGGUCAUUACCUUGCCUAUAGGGAGGAAGGGGAAAUGCCCGAGCUCGCUGUACAUGGCCUGGUUGGAGACGCUGUCCCAGGACCUCAGACCUCCGGUCAUCCUGAUCCGAGGGAACCAGGAAAACGUGCUCACCUUUUACUGCCAGUAACUACAGGCUGGGCCCUGUCUGCCCAAAGCCGCGGGUGCCUGGGACAUCCGCCGGUCUGGGGGGGCAAGACUCGUGUCCUGUUAUACUUUAAGCUUCUGAUGAUCUGACGGAAGAAGCUGGUAGAUUUCCAGACUUUGGCUGGACCCCGCUCCCAUCGGACAUGUCCUCUAGGCUUGUUUUUAUGGGCUAGAGAAGUAACAGCUGAAGGUGUGUGGAAAAUUCUCUGGUGGAUCCAUUUUCCUUUUAAGUUUUCUUUUGAUCUUGAUUACAACAAAUUAAGAUUUCAGUGUUUGAUCUUUUUUUUAAAGAUUUUAUUUAUUUAUUUGAGAGAGAGACAGAGCA